AUGUCGGUGGAGAUCUCAGAUCUGGAUCGGGAUUUGGGUCCUGGUUGGUUGGAAGCGUCGUUUCAGUUGUGGUCUGUGGUUUGGGCGUCUCCGAACGCAACCGGUGAAGACCCUGGCGUGUUAGUUCCAGAUCUGUCGGAGGAGUUCCCUUAA